AUGGCUCAUGGGACUCGGUAUUUGUGUGUUAUCCACAUCGACUCUCCGCUAUAUCUCCUGCUUAAAAGUUCGGGGUGGCUUAUUUCAGGAGGACUAUCUGAUCAUUUUGGCCAUACUGCUUUAUUGCGUGCUGCAGAUAUUGAUAUUUCAAAGGUUCGGGAUGCAUGUUUAUCAGCUAGAGCCGCAAGUUUUUUUAUCGCCGAAAACUUGUACGCUGUUGAAGUUAUUGUGAUAAAGGUUUCACUUUGUUCUUUUUUCCUACGCAUCUUUCCGCAAAAACAGUUUCGAAUUUGCUGCUACGCCUUGGUCAUUCUAAUGUCAACACUUGCAGUAGCCUGGGUCUUGCUUUUAAUCUUCCAGUGCAAGCCUAUUACCUCCAACUGGAACAUUAAUAUUGAACACCCCCGUUGCUAUAAUAUACAGAUAUACGCGUAUGCAGGUGCCGUAGCUGCAAUGUCACAAGAUAUGUGCAUCCUCGCGUUACCGAUUCCUCUAGUUUUAAAGCUCAGGAUAAGCACGAAAAAGAAAAUUGGAGUGAUAGCUAUGUUUAGUCUAGGAAUAUCGGUUACCAUAAUAUCAGCGGUUCGCACACAAUUUAUUUAUUACUUUGGCAUAUCUAGCGAUCCUUCGUGGGAUAAUGUCGAUAUCACCAUCUGGACUAGUAUGGAGAUAAGUGCGGGGUUAGUAUGCUGCAAUAUGCCUGCAUGCGCAAGGCUGAUUGCACACCUUCAUCGCGAAUAUAUUUAUCCACGUCAUCUAAGCAUCGAAGAGACACACAAACCAUUUGUUUCUAAGAUCUCAUCCCAGAGCAUAGAGGAUUGCAAGGGAUCCAUGCAAUCUCGUUACCAAUCGAGUAGCUCCCGCCAAUCCCCCGAACACCCUGUACCUAUGCAGAGUCACAUACAAGACUUGAAUUUUGAAUUGGAUAUUGAGUGUGGAAUACCAAAAACCGAAGUCGAUUUGCGACUGGGUGCUAAAAUAGUAACUAUGGACGAACCCUACAUUUCCGUCACCAAAUUAUGUGAACGGGAAGUAAAAUUAUCACAGGAAAACUAUCACAGUCCAACAGAGCCUCAAACCCACGAGAAAAAUGAGGAUAUUGAUCCAAGGUUCGAUAGGAUGAUGCAAAUAGUCCGGAAAGGUCCUGCCGAAAUCGAAGUACCGCCACCAGCAAUAUUGGGAUCAGGUAUCAUGGUUCGGAAAGAAUUUACGAUAGAAGAGAUUCUAAUUGAAAACAUAAAAAAUAAAAUGAAGAGAGGGAACUUAGCAGCUCCAAAGCUGUAUGGUGAGCGGGCUCCUAUAUUGAAUCAGCAGAGAAAUUUGCGACAAAAUCAGCACAGUACAUGCGCCGACUCCCGAAAAGCAGGUUCCUAUUCAUAA